UGAAUGGAUGAUGUUUGUUUGUUUGGAGUUUCAUUUCAUUGCCUCACAAUCAUCACAUUCAUUCACUCAUAUUCUGAUUCAACACUUAGUUGAAGUUGAAGUGAAUGUGAAAAAUUAUGACAAUAUCAUGUUCACUUUCUCUUCCUCAAUUUCAUUCAUCCUUUCUUUCUUCUUCACCUCUUAAAUCUUUACCUAUCACCCCAUUAGCUACAAAUAAAUUUCAACCAAAACCCACAUUUUAUCCACGUAUUAGAGCUAUUGAACUUGAUCAAAACACGGUAGUGGCUAUAACUGUUGGUGUUUUGAGUGUGGCUGUUGGAAUUGGCAUUCCAGUGUUCUAUGAAACACAAAUUGAUAAUGCGAAUAAGAGAGAUAACAGGCAGCCAUGCUUCCCAUGCAAUGGAUCCGGAGCUCAGAAAUGCAGAUUUUGUUUGGGAACUGGUAAUGUGACAGUUGAACUUGGUGGGGCUGAGACGGAGGUCUCUCGCUGCAUAAAUUGUGAAGGUGCUGGUUCGCUGACAUGCACAACAUGUCAAGGGUCUGGUAUUCAACCUCGAUACCUUGAUCGUAGAGAAUUCAAAGAUGAUGACUGAGACAAGCUAAGAUUGAAAGCCGCUGAUUUCAGAUUUAAUCGUGAUGUUAAUGUACUCGUUCAAUUUCUUUGGUCUCAGUACACACUGAAUACAACUAUGAUAAUCAUGUUGAUGCUUUCAUUUGGUUUACAAUUUUAACCAGUGAUAUUAAGCUAUUCUCUUUCAUAACCUAUCUAUGUAAAGAUUGAAUUUUGUCGUGUAUAUGGUCCCAGGAGAAAGUAACUAUGCCGAAAUUAGUAUCACUGUUAGUUCUUAUUUUGUUUGAGUUGACAAUCUUAAAUGCCAAAUAUUAUUACUACUUUCUUAUCAA